AUGGUUCACCUUAGCCACUUAGCACUCGCCAUUUCGGCAAUCACAGCGGUGUUCGCAGCACCCACUGCUGACCCUGACUCCCCCGACUUUAUGAUCGGACCCCAGCACCUCGCCCGCCGCCAGGACUAUAACCAGAACUAUAAGACUGGCGGCAAUGUCAACUUUUCACCUUCCAACAAUGGAUACUCGGUAUCCUUCUCUGGCGCAGGAGACUUUGUUGUUGGCAAGGGCUGGAGAACUGGAACUCCUAGAAAUCUUACUUUUACUGGCUCGACAACGCACUCAUCGGGCACAGUACUCGUUUCUAUUUAUGGAUGGUCACGAAACCCGCUAGUGGAAUACUACAUUCAAGAGUACGCAUCGGACGGCAAGGGGUCGGCGCAGGGGACUAAGGUGGGGACAGUAGAGAGUGAUGGGUCCACGUAUGAUAUCUGGAAGCAUACACAAGUCAACCAGCCAUCUAUUGUCGGCACCACUACCUUUACUCAGUACAUCUCCAAUCGACGGGAUGCCCGGACUGGCAGCGGCACAGUCACAACCAAGACCCACUUUGACGCCUGGGCUAAGCUGGGAUUGAACUUAGGGAGUAUGGAUUACCAGGUGUUGGCAACUGAGGGUUGGGGAAAUGCAGUGGAAAGUGCGCGUGAUAUACUCCCAUAUAAUGUAAAGGAACCGGAGUCCCAAUCGCUCUUCCCACUUUGUCCCAGAGCCUAUUCUCAAGAUUAUAACCUCUACUCCUUAAAUCCAACACCUAUAUUAACGUUAAACUCUAUGGCAAGUACUUUUCCGUCAACUUCGACUUUGGCGCCCAAGAAGAUAUUCAACUUGAGCACUGACACUAGUUCAACAGGUGCCAAAAAGGACCCGCACUAUGAUUACCCAGGGCAAGCUCAGGAUACUCAAGCUCUGCUCAGGCACGGUCAUCCUACCUCAGCACGAGUACAGCAACAGAAAACUACAACGAUUAUGGCGCACCUAGCUGCGUCGCCUGCUCCCGCAGAAGGAGAAGAUCCUGCUAUCGCCACGCUCCGCAAAACCUUGACUUCAGAAUCCGAACCCCUCGCACGACGCUUCCGCGCCCUCUUCUCACUCAAGCAUCUCGCCUGCGAGCAGCCAUCAUCCCUCCCUGCAAUCGAAGCCAUCGCGGCGGCAUUUGCGUCGCCCUCCGCCCUCCUAAAACAUGAACUCGCGUACUGUCUAGGCCAGACGAAGGAUCUUGCUGCGGUGCCAUAUUUGCGCUCCGUUUUGGUAGAUAAGGAUGAGGAUGCGAUGUGCAGACACGAGGCGGCCGAGGCGCUGGGCGCUAUUGGCGACGUGGGGAGUUUGGAUGUGUUAAGGGAGUUGAGAGAUAAGAAGGAAGAGGUGGAGGUUGUGAGGGAGACGUGCGAGAUCGCGGUGUCUAGGAUUGAGUGGGAGAAUUCCGAAGAGAAGAAGGCGGAGAAGCUACGAGCGAGUGACUUUUCGUCAAUCGACCCCGCGCCGCCAGCACCACUUAUGGCAGAAUCAGAGACUGUUGAUGCAUUGGAGAAGAAACUAUUGGAUACACAACUUCCUUUAUUUCUUAGAUAUAGAGCCAUGUUUAGUCUCAGAGAUCUUGCAUCGCCACCAGACCUGCCAACAGCCGUCCCAGCCGUACUCGCCCUUGCAAAAGGAUUUACCGAUCCAUCUGCGCUCUUCAGACACGAAAUCGCAUUCGUUUUCGGACAGCUAUCACACCCAGCUUCGAUCCCAGCCCUUACUGCAUCCCUAGGUAAUUUGGAGGAGGCGAGUAUGGUCAGGCAUGAGGCUGCCGAGGCUCUCGGGAGUCUGGGCGAGGAGGAGGGCGUGGAGGAUACUUUGAAGCAAUUCUUGAAUGACAAGGAGCAGAUAGUUCGAGAGAGCGUCGUAGUCGCGUUGGAUAUGGCGGAAUUCGAGAAGGGAGGAGAGAUCGAAUAUGUUUUGAUUCCAGAAGCUGCUGCUGCUGCAGCUGCGUAG